AUGUCCGAUCUUCUACACGCAGAGUUAAAGCGGUGGAUCAAUGUCAUCAUCCAGAACGAAAAGAUGAGCUGCCUGGAGUCGGUGCAGGCCUUGCUAGUCGUCGCUUGCUACUCCGCCGAGCGUGCUCUGCUUCUAUCGUUUGCAACCCGGAUGGCGUUGGAUCUGGGGUUGAAUGAGGCGUUUGAAGAUCUCACUCAUAAAUUGACGAUGAAGGAAGUCGAGGAGUCACCCGACGUUCCCGGACUGAGGGAAGAAGAGCGUAUCCUCAUGGGAAAGUCAAGGACGUGGUUCGGGCUUUUGGUCCUAGAGCAUAUAUUUCGUGUGGACGGUGGAAAGCCUCCUGGAAUUCGCAUGACCGGAAACGCUCGUCGCUGUCGCAUGCUGCUUCGCCAUCCUUCGUCCACGGUCCUGGACCUGCGUUUGUUUUCUCAGGUGGAGUUAAACGUAAUCAGAGUCAACAUCAACGAUACCCUCGGCGCAAGUCAGACGCUAAACCGGACCGAUAUAGCAGACUUCGUCCAUGAUUCCAAGGGAGACAUUGAUAUAUGGUUCGAUGACUGGUUGCGAAUCAUAGAAAACACAACCCCCGCAGACCAAGAAAAACCCUACCUGCUUGCCGCACUACGAGUCCAGAAAUGCUGGUCCGAAAUGAUGCUCCACUGCAAAGCCCUCCGCUCCAUAGGCGUCGAGAACGUUGCGUGA